UCGGUCCGGAGCCGCGCGCGCAGCGUUCGGGCAUGCCCCGCUACGAGCUGGCUUUGAUCCUGAAAGCCAUGCAGCGGCCAGAGACCGCUGCUGCUUUGAAACGUACAAUAGAAGCCCUGAUGGACAGAGGGGCGGUAGUGAGGAACUUGGAAAAUCUGGGUGACCGAGCACUGCCUUAUAAGAUUUCUGCCCACGGUCAGCGGCACAGUAGAGGAGGGUAUUUCUUGGUGGAUUUUUAUGCACCAACAACCGCUGUUGAAAGCAUAAUGGAACAUUUGUCUCGCGACAUUGAUGUGAUUAGACCGAAUGUUUUAAAACACCCUCUGACGCAGGAAGUAAAAGCGUGUGAAGGGAUUGUCCCAGUCCCACUUGAAGAAAAACUAUAUUCCACGAAGAAGAGGAAGUGAGAAGAUUUGCCAGAUUAUAGCAUUAUAUUUAAUUCUCUCACUUUUGAGUACCAUGGUUUAAUAAUUUACAGACUUGACCCUGAUAUAAGAGUGAUACAGGUGCCGUUUGAUUUUUCGAAGGUAUUUUAGCUUUUGAUCUCCCUUGCCGUGAGAAGUUGGGGAAGGGCUCGGUUUAGAGCCACUUUGUGAUCUGUGGUACCAGCACAUCGUUCUUGAUUUCAUUUCUUCAUGUAACUUUUUUGUCGGUGACGGCUUUGCGCUACAACGAUGCUAACACUAUUUUGAAGAGCAGAGCUUCUAAAAACUGCCUCACACUGCAAGCUCGUCAUUCAGGCCAGUGAACCACGCAAAAUAAAAAUUUAAGACCGCUGCA